AUGUGCUUUAGCUGCAACAAAUUUUUCAAUCUUUAAGAUAGAAAGCCUAUAGCACUACCAUGUACAGAUGCAAUAUGCAUUCAAUGCUACCAAUUAUAGAAGGAAUAAAUCUAAAAUAACAAAAUAUACUGUCCAUUUGACAACAAUCAUCAGUUUGAAAAAGAUUAAUAAGUUCAGGAAUCAACAUUCAUUAUGAGAUAAUUACAAAACUUUGAUUUCUACAAUAUCAAAUGCGAUGAUCAUCCAAACGAAAAUGCUAAUGUUUACUGCAAAGAUCUAAAUAAAAUGAUUUGUGGUAGAUGCUUGUCUAUUGACCCUCAUUCUCAUUACAUUACAGAUAGAACCAGGCAUUUUGAGUUUUAGAGAGCAUUUCUAGAGGAUUCGUUCUAAAAGAUGAUUCCAAUUCUUAAAAAAGAAGUUAUGAAAAUAGAGAAGUUAUUAGAUAACUAUCAGCAAUUUAUUUAGAAAGAUAGAGAUUUCACAGUCUCUUAAAUCUAGGAAAUGAUUAAGUUAAAUAUGCAAAUCUUAUAGUAUUCAGACAUCAAUGAAUCUUUGAUAAAAAAAAUAAAAGAUAGAUUUGAAAUACUUGAUUUUAUAAUACCAUUUUCGUUGGUGAGAUAAAAAUUCCUCAAAGUUUGGUUUUACAUUAAGAUAAGUACUUUGAAUUUAGAAGGAUGGUUGAUUUAGAAUUGCAGCAAGGAGUAGGAAAUUUACUAUCUUAAAAUAUAAGUAGAUGUGAUAAUAUAUCAUUUAAGCUUCAAAGCGUAUUCUCUAAAAGCAGAUCUUUGUAUGGCAAUAAAAUUGGAGCAAUGA